AUGGCGGUCGCUUGGGUCCUAUGCACCCUGGUCCUGGUCCUCUCUGUCCCUGGAGGAGGAGGACACGUUCAGAACUGCCAAGAGGUGCGAGCCGUGUUUCACACCUUCCACCCGGGCUCCAAGUGGGUCCCCGAGAACCCCGUCUCAGGCUCGGACCUGCAGGUGUGCCAGAGCAAGGGUUUGUCGUGCUGCUCCCGGAAGAUGGAGGAGCGAUACCAUGCGGCCGCGAGGAGCAACAUGGAGUCCGGGUUGCAGGCGGUGGGCGCGCAACUCAAACGUCUCAUCAUCCAGAACGCCGCCAUCUUUCAAGGUAAGCACAUCACGCCUCCUCUCUGCACAAUCUGCGCACCGCGAGUCACAGGAGCGCGCGCCAACAAGCGGAAGGUAAUUAACAAGCAGAAUGUCAGCAGGAUUUCAGAGUGA